AUGUCUGUGGGCAUCAGUCGCUUUGCUAUAUCCACGAAUUUGAGGUGGGCCCUGGAAAUAGACGCAUGCGGUUGCGACGGCGUGUCUGAGCAAGUGGUAGAGGCGGCGGUGAAGGCGCUGGAGAGCAAGCCGCGGCUGAUCGUGCUCAGACUGGCCAGCACGCCCGCGGCUCAAGUCGAGGAGCUGCCGACCCACCGACUGCUGACUGUGAAUGUGGACGAGGACCGCAGCAACCCUCACCUG